AUGGUGAACUUAUUAUUCAACCCACUGCACUGGGGUUACAAUGGUACUGUAACUCAACAUAUCGGUGAAAAAGGAACAAUCAAGUUGCAAAAGAAAGAUGGAUCCGAGGCUCAAUUGCAUGAAUUAAUCUCCGAAGAGGUUACUGGAUUGAGCGAUGGCAGCAAAUUUCAAUUAAGUCCACUAAUCUUUACUGGUAUUUUACAAACCAUGUAUUUGGCAGGUGGUGAUUUCAGCAAGAAAUUCAAUGUAUUUUACGGUAGAGAACUGUUUGAGAUGUCUGAUCAUGGGAUUGCCAGUAUUGAUUGGGUUAGAAAUGACUGGAAGAAACUGUACGAACUAGACCCUGCCACCGGUACAUACAAUAAAGAGAAACUAGCUGAGGAUGGUAAAAAGACACAUCCUGAAGGCUGGCCUCGUUUGCAUCCACGUACUAGAUACAUGGAUGACGAAGAAAAAGAGUCUGUUUUGAACGAUACAAGUAAGCCAUUGAUCAUUGUUAUGCAUGGUUUGGCUGGUGGUAGCCAUGAACCAAUCAUCAGAUCAUUAACGGAGCAACUUUCAAAUAUCUCUAAUGAGAAGUUUAAAGUGGCCGUGUUGAACACCAGAGGUUGUGCACGUACAAAAGUUGUAUCACCGAAAUUGUUCUAUGCGUUUGCAACAGAAGAUCUGCGUGAGUUUGUGCAAAGAGAACACAAGCGUGAUCCAAAGAGAAAGAUUUAUGCUGUUGGGUUUUCAUUCGGUGCAACAAUGUUGGCUAAUUUCCUGGGAGAAGAAGGAGAAAAGUGUCUUUUAUCAGGUGCUGCAUUAGUAUGUAAUCCUUGGGACUUGACUAAUUCUGCCCAUAAAAUGAGGGAAGACUUCUGGUCUAGUCGUUUGUUCGCAAAGAGUAUCACUCAAUUUUUAGUAAGAACACUGGAAGUUAACAUGAAUCAAAUCGAAUGGAAGGGCGGUGAGAAGCCUGCUGAGAUUUCGCCAGAACACUAUUCGAAUUAUUCUUUCACACGUGAAAACUUGAAAAAAGCUAAGCAGUUCACUGAUCCAAGUCAGUUUGAUGACAUUUUUACAGCAAAGGCUGUUGGAUUCGAAGACUCCUGGUCUUAUUACCGUGUCGGAAGCUCUAUUAACCGUCUACCAACUAUAAAUGUUCCAACUCUAGUCAUCAAUUCCAAAGAUGACCCAGUCAUAGGUGAUAAAUGUAUUCCAGUGAAGGAAGCUGAGGAAAAUCCUCAUGUUUUACUGAUCGAAACAGAUUUAGGUGGCCAUUUAGCUUACUUGGAGAAAAACCAUGACUCUUGGGCAACAAAGCAGGUUGCCCAAUAUUUUGAUGCUCUUGAAUCAUUAGUCAAAUAA